AUGAGCGGCGGGAUGGGCCGUGGUCACCACGGCGGCAUGGAGAGCAGCAUGCGUGGCCAGCAACAUCACGGGGGCGGUGGUAUGGGCGGCCCAGGUGGUCAAGGAGCCUUUGGCGGCCUCGGUGGACACCAAGGUGGCUUUGGAAGUAGCAUUGGCGGGGGGCACGGCGGCCACUAUGGAAGUGGAGGUACGGGCGGUGGCAUGGGAGCAAACCGAGGGGGCCCGGGAGGGAGGUGGUAG